AUGAACUUCCCAGCGGAGUUUGUGGAGGGUGUCUGGGCAGGGGGAGUGGAGCAGGACCUUGUCUGCGUCUACAUCCACAGCCCCUGCAUCUUCUAGGAUGCCCACAACAGCUCCUUGUUGAACAAUGACAUGCUGGAAGUUUUCCUGAAGAGCAGGCGCGUGUUCGGGCUCAGCUGCCCUAUGGAGAUCCAGUUCUGGCAUGACAUGAUGCUGGAUCCCUCCAAUGCCACCUGCAUCUUCUGGCAGCUCAGAGUCAGCGCUGGCAGCACAGGCAGCUGGAGCAGGGAGGGCUGCAAGAUGACGCACAGGGAGGGCACCGUUAUCUGCCACUGCAACCACCUCACCUACUUCGCCAUCCUGCUGCUCCCAGCGGGCACCCUGGGCCCAGCCCAGCUGGCAUCGCUCACCCACAACAGCACCAUCGGCUGCUCCCUCUUGGCUGCUGCCACCCUCUGCACCCUCCUGCUCUGCUGCUUCUUCAGGAAGAGUCGUGCUGUGCCGGACAACACCACCAGGAUCCACAGGCACCUCCUGACCACGCUGCUCCUGCUCAGCUGCAGCUUCCUGCGGAGCACAACUAGCUAGCUGGCUGUUAGCACCGAGGGGCUCUGCCAGGUCACUGCUGCCCUGCUGCACACCAGCCUUCUCUGCUCCCUGGCAUGGAUGGCUGCUGAGGCCUUCUACCUCCUCCUCCUCAAGGUCUACAACAUCUACAUCCAGCACUACGUCCUCAAGCUCUGCCUCUUCGCUUGGGGUGAGUGGGCACCGGCCCUGCCUGCAUGUGCCUGUCCAUGUGGCACAGCCCCACCCACUGUCCCUGGGCCCGCAGGUCUGCCCACGCUGGCCGUGGUGGCUGUUUUUGUCUUCAAGGGACAUACAUAUGGGUACCUCGCCAUCAGCACUUCUGAAGGCUACAGGAACGUGACUAUUUGCUGGCUCACCAGCCCACUGGCCCAUUAUGCCACCCUCUGCUACGCUGGCAUCAUCAUGCUCUUCAACACACUGGUGCUGGGGAGGGUGGUGAUGAUACUGCGGAGGAUCCAGUGGCAGAAGGGGCAGGCAAGGAAGGACUGGGAGACAGUGCUUGGGCUUACCUGUCUGCUGGGUACCACCUGGGGCCUAGCCUUCUUCAGCUUUGGUGUCUUCAUCAUCCCCCAGCUCUACCUCUUCACCAUCCUCAACUCCCUGUAAGGUCUCUUUGUCUCCCUCUGGUACAUCACCAUUUACCACCUGAGCAAGCCAGGCUCCAUCAGCAACACCUCCAGAUAA